AUGUCCUUCCCGCAGCUGGGCUACCCGCAGUACCUGAGCGCCAGCCAGGCCGUGUACGGCGGCAGCGACCGGCCCGGGGUGCUGGCGGCCGCCGCCGCCGCAGCUGCCGCCGCCGCCGCUGCUUCUGGCCGUCCAGGGGGCGCGGAGCUCAGCAGCGGCUCCACCGCCGCCGUCACCUCGGUGCUGGGUAUGUACGCCGCGGCCGCCGCGGCCGGGCCUUACAGCGCGCCCAACUACAGCGCCUUCCUGCCCUACACCGCAGACCUCAGCCUCUUCUCGCAGAUGGGCUCCCAGUAUGAACUGAAGGACAACCCUGGGGUCCAUCCUGCAACUUUUGCUGCUCAUACCACCCCUGGCUAUUAUCCAUAUGGGCAGUUCCAGUAUGGGGACCCAGGGAGGCCUAAGAACGCAACCCGGGAGAGCACCAGCACCUUAAAGGCCUGGCUGAAUGAGCACCGCAAGAACCCCUACCCCACCAAAGGCGAGAAGAUCAUGCUGGCCAUCAUCACCAAGAUGACCCUCACGCAGGUCUCCACCUGGUUUGCCAACGCCAGGAGGAGGCUCAAGAAGGAGAACAAGGUCACUUGGGGAUCGCGGAGCAAGGACCAAGAUGACGGGAACCUCUUUGGGAGCGACAACGAGGGGGACCCUGAGAAGAAUGAAGAUGAUGAAGAGAUUGACCUGGAGAGUAUUGACAUAGACAAGAUUGACGAGAACGACGGGGAACAGAGCAAUGAGGAGGAGGAAGAGAAGGUAGAGCUUCUACGACAAAGCAGUGAGGAAGAGCAUUUGGAGAAGGAGAAGGCCUUGGCGCUGUCAGGGCCCGAAGGACUUAAACCCAAAGAGGCCCUGUCCCUGGUGAAGGAGGCCUCGGACAAUCCCACCCGAAUCCUGAGCCCCAGUAGGCAAAACACUCUACAAGGCCCACUUCACAACAAGCCCAAGAUCUGGUCUUUGGCAGAGACGGCCACCAGCCCAGAUGGGGCCCUCAGCAAGCCAACUCCUCCUUCACCUCCUGCCCAGGUUAACCACACCUCUUCCCAGCUCCAGCACCCGGCUUUCCUCCCCAGCCAUGGACUGUACACCUGCCAGAUUGGCAAAUUUCACAACUGGACAAAUGGGGCAUUUCUCACCCAGAGUUCCUUGUUAAACGUGAGGUCCUUUUUGGGAGUUAAUCACCACCACGCUGCCCACCACAACCACCACCUUCAGGUCCAGCAGCAGCCCCCCUCGGUGUUAACAGCUCUUAGUACUGAAAAGUCUUCAGAGAGGACAAGCCCUAAACACAUAGAAAGAGAAAACGUACCAAGAACUGACUCUCCACCUCAGCAGUUAAAAUCUCCUUCCCAGCCUGUCCGGGACAACUCUUUGACUCAGCAAGAGGGAACAUCGUGAAUUUUAACAGCUCUCCCUUCUGCUUGAUUAAAUGGGGUGUUCUCCCCCCCUUUUUUUUGGUGGAAAAGAAAAUUUCACAGACUGGUCUAAAGGACAAAACAAAAAAAAGUGGAAAUUAUCUAAAUGACUCCCACCAAUCUCAUUUUUGCAAUAAGGUGGUAUCAAUCCAUUUCAAAUAUAUAUAUACCCCAACUCCUCAAACUGGACUUUCCCCUUUUCCUUUAUUCCAUUUUCAGAGCGUGUAAUUCUAACCACGAUUGGAUUAUUGGCUUUGGUAAAGAUUUCUCAUGUGUUUGUGUUAUUUUUUUCUGUAUAGAAAGUGAUUUCGAAUUGUA